AUGGUUUAUGAAGAGAUUAUUGCCAGCAUUCAAGUGUACGGAAGUAAAUACGCAUGUGAGUUUGAACAACACUGCCAACAAGAAUUUUUAUUCUUUAAAGAAAUGCUAGUAUUUUUUUUACAAAACUAUAUUCUUGAUAACAUCGUAUAUAAACAAAUGACAUCAAUCGAAUCGUUAUUUGAAAUGGAUUUUAAUAUGUUUGAUAAUAAUGAUCCAUUUGUUGUAUCAACAGGAAGUGAAGCUAUUUUCAACUUAAGAUCAAAUACGAAUACUGAUGGCGUAGAAAUGACAAUGGAAUCCGCUUUGCAAAGAUUAGACAGUUAUCUCAUGGAUGAACAAAAUAAUGCUAUAUCAUCGAUUUCACGUCAAAAUAUUUGUGUUGAUAAUGAAACACUGGACGACAUAAACUUGCUUGAUUUAAGUUCAGAAGUUGAAAAUCCUUUAGUUGAUUUGAUAUUGGAUGACCUACUCCAAACAGAUCAAUCCGUAACAAACCAUACUAAUAGUAUAUCGAAUACUGACAUUGCAAGUCAACCAUUACUGACAAGACAUGUUGAAGAAACCGAUACAACACAACCACAUACAAAUACAAUUGAUUCAAAUAUCACACAACCUGAAGUUUCAACAUCAAACAUAUCAAAGAAUGCUAGAAUCACGGAACAUGAUAGACCACAUAGUGAAUAUGGUCACAUGAGCAUAGAAGAUAUCGCUCAUGUAUUCAAAUUUGAUCUCGAAGGCAAACAAACAAACAAAAAACGUAAAGAAAGCAAUUGUCGUAUGCGUACACAGACAUUUUCUAUAUUAUGUCAUACGGAAAUGUCAAAGAACGAUCUCAUGAAUUUUAUUAAGAAGGAGUUUAGCAUGAAGAAACUUCGUUAUGUUUGUAUUGGUACACACUUGAAAACAGAUAUCACCAAGCAUGAGACUUAUAUACAGAUUUUGUUGACAAAACAAAUCAAUAAAUGUGUAUGGUUUCUAGACAAAGUUACUGGUAAAGAGAUAACUUUCAAAGAUUAUGAAUUCGUAAAUCGUAACACAAGUCAGUUCAUUAAAGAUCCUCUUCGUCAAAUUAAUAUUAACAGUAUCAAUACGGUCAAUUUUAAUUUAAAUUGUGCUAACAAUCUUUGUCAAACUGAAAAUAGCAAUAAUAGUAAUGAGACCAACAGUGUUAAUGAUGACAUUAACAAUGAUGUUUCUAACGAAAUUAAUACAGCUAGUGUUAUUACAACUACAAUAGCAACAAAUGAACAUGAUAGUAACAGCUCUACAAGCGAAUAUAUAUCUACAGUACAACCAAUCCGUAGAGUUCUAAAUUACGAAGAUGUGAUAUCUAAGCAAGCAAAAAUUCUAGCUAAGCAUAGUGUAACGGCAGCUAUGAGACAUAUGGAACAACAUCUUGAUCAUUUGUUUCUUUUAAAUCAUAAAAAUUAUCUUGAAGGAUUCAAGUAUAUAUAUGAACUAGCUAACAAAAUUAACCAAUGA